CACGUGUCACCGUCAGCAGCAGGUCCUCACCAAAAGGUCCUGCUCCGGGGUACAUCUUAUCGAGAUACUUAAGCUGGACAUCGACUGGACCAUCCUGAAACACCCCUCACUUCUUCCAUCCUCAUCCUUCCUCCUGCAUGCUCACAACUAGUAUGCUGCCUCUUAGGAUGUUGGGCCUCCUCAUGCUCAUGUUUUCACUGUGUGAUGCAGAAAGCAGAUGCCCCACUGAGGUCACCCUGGAUCCGCCCGAGGUUCUGGCAGAAUAUGGAACCUUAGUGCGGGUCAACUGUUCCAGUGCAGGAAAGGAGCAUGAUGGGAUGAACUGGAGGGUUGGAGACACAGACCAUCCAAUAGAAUAUGACAAUUACUAUGUAUUACAGUCAUUGAAUUUGUCAGACUUCUUUGUAACGGCAGAAUGCAGAAUAAAGUGGAAUGAAACUCAUGAAUGCAGCCAAGGCCUUAAAAUAAAUGUAUACAAGAAUCCAGAGACAGUCACCCUGUUUCAAUCAACAUAUGGAGCUGCGUUGGAAUCGACAUAUUACGAGAUGCAGUGUGAUGUCGAUGAUGUUGCUCCUAUUCAUAACCUGACUCUGAGGUGGUACAAAAACAAUGAGACCAUCAAGACAGACUAUUUCACCAACAUAACCAAAAGACCAGUAAGCGAGUCCUCCAAUCUGACAGUAUCUUUAAACAGAGGAGAAAAGGAAGCUCAGUUUAGAUGUGAGGCUCAGCUGGACUUUGGGGGACAUGCAUCACAACCACCUGUUACUUCAAACGUAUACACUCUUUCUGCGCACUAUGCUCCUGUGCUCAAGAACAAAAUGGAAGACGUCUAUCUGAGUGAGGGUGAAUAUGCCAUCCUGAACUGUGAAGCUGAGGGGGACCCUGCUCCUGGCUUCCGUUGGUCACGUGAUGGGGUGAAUUUAAUGGAUCGCACCAAUGAGCUCAACAUAAGUACAGCAACUAGCGCAAUUUACAACUGUACAGCUACCAAUUAUCGGGGAAGCACAACUAAGCAAAUCCGUGUCCAUGUGGAAAACCCCACCCCUGUGCCAUCAACACCAGAAAGUUGCCCCAUAGUACUGAUACCUGCUGAAAUCGUGGUGAGAUUUGGAGAUCCAACCUCAGCUACCUGCAAUGCAUCAACCAAGGAUCUUUCAUUAAUGGGCUGGGAAGCCACAAAGGGGGGCAAGGCGACUAAUGAAAGAGUAAUCACCUGGACAGUUGAAAAAGUGGACAGCUGGGACGAACAACCUUUGUGCUACAUUAAUGUGAAAGAAAUGCAGUGCAAAAAGUCGCUAAACAUCAUUCUAUAUAAGACUCCAGAUAAUGUGUUAGUCUCUGCGAUGGAUCCACGCCCGAUGGUGGAGGGCAGAGAGUACCGGCUAAAUUGUUUCAUCACCAAUGUGGCUCCUCUGGAGAAGCUCAAACUGAUUUGGUACCGCGGCGAUGAAACUAUGCUCUCACGAGUGUUUAACGACACCACGAAGACCCCAACAAAUGUGUCCUUUGACUUGGAAAUCACUCCCAACAGAGCUGACAACAGAGCACAUUUCAGAUGCGCGGCUGAGCUACACCUUGGACCAAAUGGACCAGCACUUGUCCCAACUGUAACUUCAUCACCUUACGAGGCCGUUGUGCACUAUGCUCCUGUGCUCAAGAACAAAACGGAAGACGUCUAUCUGAGUGAGGGUGAAUAUGCCAUCCUGAACUGUGGAGCUGAGGGGGACCCUGCUCCUGGCUUCCGUUGGUCACGUGAUGGGGUGAAUUUAAUGGAUCGCACCAAUGAGCUCAACAUAAGUACAGCAACUAGCGCAAUUUACAACUGUACAGCUACCAAUUAUCGGGAAGCACAACUAAGCAAAUCCGUGUCCAUGUGGAAAACCCCACCCCUGUGCCAUCAACACCAGAAAGUUGCCCCAUAGUACUGAUACCUGCUGAAAUCGUGGUGAGAUUUGGAGAUCCAACCUCAGCUACCUGCAAUGCAUCAACCAAGGAUCUUAU